UAGACGGACACUCGGCGUCGUACUAUCGGCGCAACCCUUACCGUUGACGCGUCUCGCACAAUCGUCGUCGUCGUCGUCGGCGUCGUCGAUAACUCCGCGCACACACACGCGCUUCCUGGCAUAACAUUGGAUUUGUAUAACUCAAAUAUUCAGAUUUGUGUUAUUGAGGCGUUUAUAGUAGAACCGCGGAGAGGAUGGGAACCGUUGAUAACCUUCGGCGCGGGUUGCUGCUCUUCCUGGCUGCGUCGUUCUCAACACCAGAAGCGGUUGCUGAGAUAGUAUUCAUGUACAGUCCAGAUCACGUGAAGAACUUCAGCAUCGGUCAUCACUUCUACAGGACGAUGACCCUGGACGAGGAGUCGCACACUCUCUACGUCGGCUCGAUGAAUUUCAUUCACCGGUUAAAUCUGUUUGACAUCAGCAAUACGGGACUAAAGUUCGCUGAAGCGGAGAUGAAACCAACGUACCUAGGAGCGAACAGCCAAUAUCUGGAUGACCUCUGCACACACGAGCCGCAUAAAUGCGAAAAUCAUAUUCGAGUGAUUCUGAAGACUGCAAGCGACAAACUGUAUGUGUGUGGCACGAAUUCUUUCAGUCCGAAAGACUGGCUCUAUGAUGUGGACCUCCGAACGCGUGACAUCUACCCUCCAUAUGGGGACGGCAUAGCCAAAUGUCCGUUCGAUCCCGAAAACACAUUGACGGCAGUUUGGGUUGAGACGGGAAACCCGGAGGACAUCGCAUCAGUUUACUCUGGCACGAUGGCUCACUUCCGUGCAGACCCGAUCUUAUACCGACCAGACCUAAACAUUCACGGAUACAGAAUCUACUCCUAUCUGCGCACACUGAAGGCCGACACAAAAUGGCUGAACGAACCAUGGUUUGUCGGCUCCUUCGACAUCGACGAGCAUGUCUACUUCUUCUUCCGCGAGGUAGCCCUGGAGCACAUGAACUGUGGCAAAACAGUGUUUUCGAGGGUAGCGCGCGUAUGUAAGAAUGAUAAAGGUGGCAGGAAUGUCUUGCGGGAAAACUGGACAACGUACCUGAAGGCCAGACUCAAUUGCUCGAUCCCGGGAGAAUUUCCUUUCUCGUUCGACGAAAUACGUGAUGUUUUUCAGCUUCCGGGUGACACGUCCAAGUUCUAUGCUGUAUUCACCACGCCGUCAAAUGGACUAAUGGGUUCCGCGAUCUGCGUGUUUAAUGAGAAGGACAUCGAGUCUGCAUUUCAAGGUGCAUUCAAAGAGCAGGCUUCACCAACGUCGACGUGGCUGCCCGUUUCAAACCGCUUGGUUCCACAACCCAGACCUGGCCAGGAGCACGCGCCUGAGAGGAUGUGA